AUGUCUGGCGAGUCAGGAUCUGGCGCACGGAGAAUUCUUCCCCAAAGUUCACAGAUGCAGAGCUUCUCUUUCGCGCCAAAUAACUCCGGGCCGCGGGAGAAUCAAAAGAAUUAUGUAUUCGUCGAUGAACACAACCGCCAUAAACGUUUGAAGGUGAUGCGAGCAUGUGAAGGUUGCCGAAGGAGGAAAAUCAAAUGUGAUGCAGCAACAACAAAUACGUGGCCAUGUUCAGCUUGCAUUCGAUUGAAGUUGCAGUGCGUUCCACCAACCGUCAACUAUGAUCGCGAUUUUCCUACCAAUCCUCAGGCGUUCGAGCCGGAGAGAGCAGAGUACGAGACCGGAGGCAAUGGUGAAGACGAUUACCAACAACAAGUUGCUCUACAGCAACAAUUGGUUGGAUCGCAGAAGGACAUUGCUCCCAUUUAUACCCAGCAAGGGCCAUACUCGGACAGCAUUGGUGUUUAUCAGUCUGUGGGCUAUGGCGAGCCUUCAUCAAGUCAUAGCCAGCAAAGUAUGCACUAUGGCAGCUUGCAGACUCCUGUCAGUGUGCUUGAUCAGCAGCAACACUUCUCACCAACCCAGGUCUUCCCAACUCCUCCAUUACAAUCCAACCCUCAGCCAGAAACACCCGAAAUGUAUGAGCAAGACCAGUAUGGACAGCAGAACUUAGCCGACUUGCUGGGGGAGCUCAGAAUGAACGAAGCAGGCACAGCUCCGUAUCUAAAUAAUAAGAACAAGACCAAAACUCUGGUCGAGGAGCCAGCAUUCGAAGAUAUCGAUGACUACAAGCACGCCUUCCUUCCAGCUUUAUCUGGGCCAGAUCUUAAGAUCAGGAUACCACCAGAAUUGAUGCCGGAUGAGGAAACGAUUAUGAGCUAUUUCGACAUGUACUUCACCAAUGUCCAUCCUUACGUACCUGUUUUGAAUAAAGCGGCUUUCUAUCAGCAAUAUCAUACCAACAGAGAAGCAAUUUCGCCCCUCAUUCUUGAAGCUGUCUUUGCAAUAGGCGGCCGACUUGCUGAUGAACCAGCCCAAGGACACCAGUGGUUGGCUCUUGCCUCGAAACAUGCGGAUUCUUUUAUGGAUACUCCCCGACUGAGUACUCUCCAGGCCAUUCUUAUUAUACUCAAGGCACGGGAGUCUGCACCAAAGCGUGGCUAUUAUUUUCGAUCUUGGAUGACGGUUGUGCAAUGCGUGCAAAUGGGGAAAGACCUUGGACUGGAUGAACAUUAUGAAGAGCACAAAGCUGGAAGACCAUGCGGUUCAGAUCUCGCUGAAUGCAUAACGAAAACUCGAAUCUGGCAAACAAUUUUCGUUUGCGAGUUGAUGAUUGGAUCCCCCCAAGGGCGAACCGACCUCGCGGUCGAGAUGGAAACAUUGGACCUCAGUAUACAGAGACCAGUCCCAGGCAUCGAUGAUGCGGAGUAUCACAUCACCCGGAAUUUCACUUACUUCACGCGAGUUGUUCGCAACGUAAGGAGGAUGAACAAUGUGUAUGCACGGAUCAAGAAAAAGAAGGAUUGGGGCAUCGAUCCCGAAUUUGUGCAGUUAAACCCAUCUUUCGACGCAUGGAUGAACGAUUUGCCCGCCGAUCUACAGAUCACCUUCCCUCCUGAUGGGUCCCCGCCAUGGUUACCAUCACACUUCAUUGGAAACCUCCACUCAUAUUACUAUCUAGGAAUCAUUUUGCUGCACCGGCCUCAACUCACAUUUAUGGAGCCGACGGGGUUAGAUGGUGGCUGGAAGCAUCAUAUGAUGAUAUGUUAUUCGUCAGCAAAGCUUCUGUGCAGACUGCAGGAAGCAAUCUUACAAUCUUUUGGAAUGACAGGUCUCCUAUGCAUGCAGCGCGGCAUCAAUUUUACAAUCUACUGCGUCCUGACAUGCACUGUUCUCCACCUGGUUGCGCUCACUUCACCGGAUCCCGACCUCAAUGGAGAUGCUCGAGAAUACUUCACUCGGCACAUGAGAAUUUUGGAGAAAUGCGCGAGCGCCUGGCCAAUGCCAGACAUGCAACAACAAAUCGAUGCACUUUGA